AUGAGUGUAGUAUUCUUGAUGAAUUAUACUAGACCUGAUAUAGCUUAUGUUGUUAGUAGAUUGAGCAGGUAUACUCAAAAUCCUAAUCGGGAGCAUUGGGUUGCCUUGAUUAGAUUGUUGAAGCAUCUAAAAGGCAGUAUCAAUUGGGGUCUGCAUUAUCAAAGGACACCUUGUGUCAUUGAAGGAUUUUGUGAUGAUAAUUGGGUGUCCGAUAAUGAUGAGAUUCAAUCUACUAGCGAUUAUGUUUUAACUCUUGCUAGAGGAGCUAUAUCAUGGAAAUCAUCAAAGCAAAGUAUUGCCAAAUCUACAAUGGAAACUGAGUUUAUUGCUUUGGAAUUAGCAGAUUAA